AUGGCCGAACUCCAGAUGCCUCCAAUCUAUCUGCUCGCCACCCACAUAGAGCCAGACGUCAUCCCGCAGCUUGAAAGCCAGAUCCCGACCUUGACCUUUGACAUACAAGAGGCUGAGAUUAUCCUGGGAAAGAUAUCCAAGAAGGAGCGGGCAAUGUUUGAGCUUCGAAAGCGCGGCAUCAUUUCCACUGAAGUUGUUGCAAAUGCCACCCGGAGCUCAUCUCCACCGGCUAAGCGACGCAAAGUGUCGUCGCCCGUACCACCCACCCAGAAGCACGACGACUCCGGCAGUACUGCUUCCGAAAACGAGGAUGACGCGGGUCCGGAGAAGCCCAACGUACAGCCUCCCGGCAGGCCAAGUACUUCGUGCGUCGCAUCGAAAAACGCCAUCAAGGUGGUGCAUCUCUCCUGGUUCACUGAUUCCGUAAGCAAGAGACAAGUUCUGCCACUACAGGAUUAUAUCAUCUACCAAGGCCAGAGAAAGACUUCGGAAACUACCACUUCUUCUUCAAGGCCAGUAAUCCAGAAUCCUGAGGAAAUAGUCAGUCGGGCAAAGGAAGAUGGCAACAGUACCCCUAGAUUGUCGUCAUCUGCCCGUAGCGGCUUCGUGGGCAGCUCUUCUACAGUUUCCAAGGCUCUGCUUGCCCCAAAGCGGCCGGCGUUACUGCAUGAAACGACAUCUGAGCACGAGUAUGAACACGACCUUCCGCCAAUCCCUGAUUACCUAAACACAAUUUAUUCCUGUCAACGCCCGACACCGUUCAAUCCACCGAAUGAGGCCUUCAUUGACCAGUUGAAGAAGGUGCGGACGAUACGAGCACUUACGGGCGAUAAGGUCGGCGUCCGUGCCUAUUCGUCAUCCAUCGCGUCACUGGCUGCAUAUCCAUACGUAUUAAGAGGCGCUCACGAAGUAUCGAGGCUACCCGGCUGCGGUCCCAAGAUUGCAGUGUUAUUCCGAGAAUGGAAUGACUCGGGUCGGGUCGAGGAGGUUGAUAAAGCUGCUCGUGAUCAUUACCUAGGGACUCUUUCACUUUUCUAUGAAAUUUGGGGCGUUGCAGAGACAACUGCUCGCGAGUUUUAUAACAAGGGCUGGCGAGACCUCGAUGAUAUUGUCGAGUUUGGCUGGGACAGCUUAUCACGAGUGCAGCAGAUUGGAGUCAAGUAUUACGAUGAGUUCCUAUCAAAGAUACCCCGGGCAGAGGUAGAAGCUAUUGCAAAUACCAUUCUGGAGCGCGCAAACAGCAGGCGCGAGGGCUUUCAAAUGGUUAUCGUCGGUGGCUACAGAAGAGGAAAGGAAGCAAGUGGCGAUGUUGAUGUCGUCCUUAGUCAUCCAGAUUCCGAGGCGACGCACUACUUUGUUGAAGAGCUUGUCAUGAGCUUGGAAAAGGACAAUUUCAUCACCCAUACUUUGACGCUCAGCACGAAGAACUCGGAACGUGGCCAAGCCCCGUUGGCCUGGAAGGGAGGGGACAGGAAGGCAGGAUCCGGGUUUGACACCUUGGAUAAGGCCCUGGUGGUUUGGCAGGAUCCUCACUGGGACAAGGAAAAGUUUGCAAGGAACCCGAACCCGCACAGGCGGGUGGACAUCAUCAUUAGUCCAUGGAAGACGGUUGGCUGUGCUGUCAUCGGCUGGAGUGGCGGCACUACCUUUCAACGAGAUCUCAGGCGAUACUGUAAGACGGUGAAAGGUCUCAAGUUUGAUAGCAGUGGCAUCCGCAGUCGCGCCGAUGGACAUUGGCUAGACCUCGAGAGCCACGAGGGGCGGCCUGCUCCUGACCUGUUGGCGGCGGAGAAGAGAGUGUUCGCCGGAUUAGACCUAGAAUGGAGGCCCCCAACUCAGAGGUGCACGGGGUGA